AUGCAAGCGCCGGCGGCAGCGGAACGCAACAAGGGCCCGAUCCUGGAGGUGCUGCGGGAGUACGCGGAGUCCGGUCCCCACGCGGGACCCGGAGUCCUGCGGGUGUUGGAGGUGGGGGCGGGCGCGGGGCUACACGCCGUUCAUUUUGCCCGGGCGCUGCCGCAGACCCUCUGGCAACCCUCCGACAUCGAGCCCCAGGCGCUGCGCAGCAUCGCUGCCUACACAGAGGCCACGCGGGUGCCCAACGUGCUGCCCCCCAUCCUGCUGGACGUCUCGCAGGGCUGGGAGACGUGGGGGGGCACCCAACCUGCCACCCUCGACCUCCUCGUCAGCAUCAACAUGAUGCACAUCGCGGAGCUGCGGUGCACCGAGGGCCUGUUCAAGGGUGCUGGAGUGCUGCUGAAGCCCGGAGGGGUGCUCUUCACCUACGGGCCCUACGCCGUGGAUGGCCGGAUCAGUCCCCAGAGCAACGUGGACUUUGACCGCAGCCUGAGGCAGAGGAAUCCGGCCUGGGGCCUUCGGGACACGGCACUGCUGCGGCAGCUGGCUGAGGCCAACGGGCUGCGCCUGGAGAGGAUGGUGCACAUGCCGGCCAACAACAAGAGUCUCAUCUUCCGCAAGCAGUAA